AUGAUCGUUGAUAACCGGAAGCACGAAAAAGGAAUUCGCCCCGCUGUGAAGAAAUUAGGGUUUCUGUAUUCGCCGGUUCUCUUAAAGCGCUGCGGACUGCGGAUCAUCAAGCAAGAGCCGGUCACAUUCGUCCCGAGUUAUGGUAUGGAUGAUGACAGCGAUGAUGGUGAUGGUGAUGCCGACAGCGAUGAUGGUGAUUAUCUACGGAGUGAUACUAAUUUUGAUGAGAAUAGCGAUGUUUAUUAUGAUGAUGAUGAUGAUUAUUAUUAUUAUGAAGAUGAUGGCCAUAAUGAUAAUAUCAUCAAGCAAGAGCCGGUCACAUUCGUCCCGAGUUAUGGUAUGGAUGAUGACAGCGAUGAUGGUGAUGGUGAUGCCGACAGCGAUGAUGGUGAUUAUCUACGGAGUGAUACUAAUUUUGAUGAGAAUAGCGAUGUUUAUUAUGAUGAUGAUGAUGAUUAUUAUUAUUAUGAAGAUGAUGGCCAUAAUGAUAAUGUUAUGAAUGAGUCAUAUUGGGAUCAGGGAUGA